GAUGCCCCCAAAAAGGAACACAUCAAUGUGGUGUUCAUUGGACAUGUAGAUGCUGGCAAGUCGACCAUUGGAGGACAAAUCAUGUAUCUGACUGGCAUGGUAGACAAGAGGACCUUAGAGAAAUAUGAAAGAGAAGCCAAGGAAAAGAACCGGGAAACCUGGUACCUGUCUUGGGCUUUGGACACCAACCAGGAGGAGAGGGACAAAGGCAAGACGGUGGAGGUUGGCCGAGCAUACUUUGAGACAGACAAGAAGCACUUUACCAUCUUAGAUGCUCCAGGUCACAAGAGCUUUGUGCCCAAUAUGAUCGGAGGCGCAUCACAAGCAGACCUGGCUGUGCUGGUGAUAUCUGCCAGGAAAGGUGAAUUUGAAACCGGCUUUGAGAAAGGUGGACAGACACGGGAGCAUGCCAUGUUGGCCAAAACAGCCGGAGUCAAGCACCUGAUAGUUCUGGUGAAUAAAAUGGAUGAUCCUACUGUCAACUGGAGCCUGGAAAGGUACGAAGAGUGUAAGGAGAAACUGGUGCCAUUUUUAAAGAAAGUGGGCUUCAAUCCAAAGAAAGAUGUCCACUUCAUGCCGUGCUCCGGGCUGACAGGAGCCAACCUGAAGGAGCCCGCCAACAUGUGCUCGUGGUACAUAGGUCUACCUUUUAUUCCACACUUGGACAGUUUGCCAAAUUUUAACAGAUCAAGUGACGGUCCUGUAAGAUUGCCGAUCGUAGACAAAUACAAGGACAUGGGCACUGUGAUUCUGGGCAAACUGGAGUCUGGCUCCAUCAGUAAAGCACAGCAGCUGGUCAUGAUGCCAAACAGGCAUGUGGUGGAAGUGUUGAGUCUGCUCUCUGAUGACGUGGAGACGGACGACGCAGAGCCAGGUGAAAAUCUCAAGCUGCGACUGAAAGGCAUAGAGGAGGAGGAGAUCCUCCCGGGCUUCAUUCUGUGCAAUGCUGAGAACCUGUGCCACUCAGGGCGCACGUUUGACGCGCAGAUUGUCAUCAUUGAACACAAAUCCAUCAUCUGUCCAGGUUACAAUGCAGUCCUUCACAUUCACACCUGCAUUGAAGAAGUGCAAAUUACGGCCUUAAUCUGUCUGGUAGACAAGAAGACAGGAGAGAAGAGCAAGACACGACCACGGUUUGUGAAACAGGACCAGGUGUGCAUCGCCCGUCUGCGCACAGCAGGGACCAUCUGCCUCGAGACAUUUAAAGACUUCCCUCAGAUGGGACGGUUCACCUUACGGGAUGAAGGGAAGACCAUCGCGAUCGGAAAAGUGCUGAAGCUGGUGGCUGAGCGGGACUGAAGAUUGACGGCGAGUCUAAGAGUCUGAGUGAGGAGGAGCAGGCGGAGCUUGGUCUUAACCCGCCCACACUGUUAUCAGUGGUGACAGCGCCUCCCUGCACGCCCCCUUUCUGCGUGCUGAAGAUCAGCUUUGAAAAAGAAACUCAUGUGAAAAAGAAACAUGUUUUUAAGCAAAUGACAAACCAAGAUGAUGUCCACACGAGUCGGCUUUCUCAUAUUGAGAGCUCAGCUAUGCCAUUCUGGGUUAGCCCUCCCUCCACCUCCCCCACCUCCUUACUCUGGUCUGCUUAUCAUACAUGAUUUUUUUUUUUCCCCUCCACUUUUUUUCUUUCCAUAAAUGACAAAUGGCAGAAUUUAUAUCUGAAAACAGAUGUGGACCAGGAUUCUGCUCGGAGUGUAAAAUGAUUUUCACAGUAACUUGCAAAGGAAAUUGAAAGAACUAAACAGUUGAAACCAAAUGUUGAUCUUGGGUGUACAUGUUUCCCUCUGCUUUUACCCAGUUUUUGGUUUCUCAUGUGGCGUUCUGGCAGUGUGCUUGAGCGUGUUCAAAUGUUAUCAAAGCAAACAAGUAUGACAAUAAAACCAUAAAUUGGGGAAAACUAA